GACUUUGGUUCAUUAGUAUUUGUUGAGCAGCCUUUGAUUGGAGCUGUGCUUACUGUAUACUGCUUUUCUAAAAUAAGACUUAAAUCUAAAAUGCGUCUAGCGCUAUUGGUAUUAGGACUCUUCAUUGUGGCACUGGCAGCCACAACAAAGAAAGAGGGAAAAAGGCAGAUCAACCACUACCUGCCGUAUUAUGGAACCAACAACGUAAUCGAACCGAGGCAGUUUAGGCCCACGAGAACGGCUACUGUGACGCAGAUAUCGACGCUGACUUAUACAUUUACUUGUGUCAAAUCAACUACAGCGUGUCCUUCUUCAUCCACCACCACCAGCACAACUACCCCUUCCACUUCCACCAGUAUUACCCCAACCCCAACUUCUACGUCUAGCUCUACGUCUACUACCCCAACGACAUCUACGUCUAGCUCCACUAUUACGCCUACUAGUACCCCAACCACUUCUACGUCUAGCUCUACUACUACGUCUACUACCCCAACCACUUCUACGUCUAGCUCCACUAUUACGUCUACUACCCCAACCACUUCUACGUCUAGCUCUACUACUACGUCUACUACUCCAACCACUUCUACGUCUAGCUCUACUACUACGUCUACUACCCCAACCACUUCUACGUCUAGCUCCACUAUUACGUCUACUACCCCAACCACUUCUACGUCUAGCUCCACUAUUACGUCUACUACCCCAACCACUUCUACGUCUAGCUCCACUAUUACGUCUACUACCCCAACCACUUCUACGUCUAGCUCUACUACUACGUCUACUACUCCAACCACUUCUACGUCUAGCUCUACUAUUACGUCUACUACCCCAACGACAUCUACGUCUAGCUCCACUGUUGAGCCUACAACCGCUAGUCGUCGCCGACGGAGGGAGAUUGACAACAUAGAUGUAGAAGCCCAAGACUGGGUGAACGAGCAAUUGUCUAUUGUUCCUUCAAACGUUCAAGGGGUGGAAGCUACCCAAGCGCCAGUUCGAGAAGGACGUGAUGCUGCUGCUCAGUUCGCUUACUCACGACGGUUGGGGAUGAUCCCGCCAUUUGCAUAUUAUGAUCCCCAAGAAAUUCAGCCAGGUUUCGACAACGACCCCACUCUCGCCUUGCCUUACUAUGGGUCGUAUGUUCAACCUGCUGCCAUCACCCAGCCUCGCAUUUUCUUCGGCGCCUUGAACGCCCUUUUCCCAGGAUAUGCAGUAACCCGGACAGAGACAAUUACAUCAUUUACCAUCGUCGCUAAAACUUUGACUUCAAGUCCAACGUGCGUUCCUCCCGGAAUCGUACAAUGCGCAGCUUAAACUCGUCCAGUUAUAUCAAAAUUAUCCGACCGACCAGCUCUUUCAAUGAACGAACGGACAUUUCCGGUGCAAACCUUCUAUAUUUAAUAUAAGCAUUGAAAUUUAUAGCAUCGUUUAGUUUAGCAUUAGGCAUUUGUUUGUUGAGUUUAUUUGACACUGCAGAUCAUUUAAUACAUUCACGCAAAUCAAAU